AUGGGAUGUUCUGAGAUUAUCUGUGAGGAUGAUGGGAAAUGGGAAGCUGAGGAAGAUGAAGCAUUGUCAUUGUGUGAUCUGCCGGUCAAUUUGACUAAAGAGGAGCGAACCCAGACAAAGAACGAGGAAGAUGGCGAGGAACCCCAAGCACUUAAAACAGAUGAAGACUUCAACUUUGGUUCAUUGUGUGGCUCUCUUUCAACCGAACUAGAAAUGUGUGCUGCUGAUGAAGUGUUCUUUCAAGGCCAAAUUCUACCCCUGCGCCUCUCAGUUAGUUCAGAUAGUGGGUUCACAGGGUGGUGCCGCCAAGAUAGCCUCAACACUAGCCGGUGCUUGUCGAGGUCAGAGUCCAUGGACCAUGGUUCAUUGAGUAGGUUCACAAGUGCCAGUAGUAGCAGCAGCAGAAGCAGCAGCUAUAAUUCCAUCACAGUUACACCAAGAACAUUCAGUUCCAGUUCAAAGCCAAUGAAAAUCAGAAACAACUUCAACACUCAUCCAAGUCCCAAACCCCAUAUAAGAUCGUCCAGAACUCGGCCCAUCAAUGUCAGCAGCCGAACCCAGAAAUCAUCAUCGAUGUGGGAUUUUUUCAGGUUAGGCUUAGUUCGAGCACCAGAGCUCGAAUUAAAAGACUUGAAAGCCCGUAGCAACAACAACAACAACAAUGGCAAUAAAAAUGCUGUGAGUAGAAACAGCAGUUGUAAUAGCAGUAACAGCAGUUCAAGCACCAAGAACAGCAGCAGCAGCAAGAUUGUUAACAAAAGUGGUGAAGUGGUGAAAAAUCCGCAGGAUUCGAACAAAGGGUCCUUGGGAAAGAGAAUAGGGUCAUUCAGUGGAUGUAAAUGUUCAGUAGAUGCAAUUGGAACAGUUCCAUUGAACAACGUAAUUAUGACUAAAAGUAGCAAGGACAAUGCCGCCAUGGAAGACAAGAAAAAGCUGCUGCAAGAAUUGAAGACAAAGAAGAAAAGGAAAGGAAAGCAAGCUUUGUCACGUAAUAGAACGUUUGAAUGGUUAACAGAGCUUUCACAUGCAAGCUAUGUUGAUGGAGCCUUAAAGAAACACUCAUGA